AUGGCUGCAGACAACACCAAGGCCCGCGUGGUCGUCGAGGCCCACGAGGUCGACACUUUCCACCCCCCUCAGAAAAUGCUCGACAAACACCCGAGCAAACCUCAUCUUAGCGGUCUUGAGGAAUACCAGAAACUCUACAAGGAGUCCAUCACACAGCCCACCCAGUUCUGGGGGAGACUGGCCCGCGAGCUCCUUACCUGGCACAAGGAUUUCCAGACGGUGAGCAGCGGCUCGCUGACCAACGGAGAUGUCGCCUGGUUCCUCGAGGGCGAGAUCAACGCCUCUUAUAAUUGUAUCGAUCGUCAUGCCUUCAAGGACCCUAACCGCGUUGCCAUCAUCUACGAGGCCGACGAGCCCAGCGACGGCCGUAAUGUAACCUACGGCGAGCUCCUGCGCGAUGUCUCGCGCGUCGCGUACGUCCUCAAGAGCCUAGGCGUGGGCAAGGGCGACACCGUGGCCAUCUAUCUCCCGAUGGUUCCCGAGGCGCUUGUCGCCAUCCUUGCUUGCGCCAGAAUUGGCGCGGUCCAUUCGGUCGUUUUCGCCGGCUUCUCUGCCGACUCGCUGCGCGAUCGUGUUAUCGACGGCCGGUCCAAGGUCGUCAUCACGUCCGAUGAGGGCAAGCGUGGUGGGAAGCUGAUCGGCACCAAAAAGAUAGUGGACGAUGCGCUGAGGCAGUGCCCGGAUGUCACGGGCGUGCUUGUCUUCAAGCGUACCGGUGCCGACAUCCCCAUGACCAAGGGUCGCGACGUCUGGUGGCACGAGGAGGUCGAGAAGUGGCCUGCGUACAUUGCCCCCGAGCGCAUGAAUGCGGAAGACCCCCUCUUCCUCCUGUACACGUCCGGCUCGACCGGCAAGCCUAAGGGGAUGAUGCACACCACCGGUGGGUACCUUCUCGGUGCCGCGGCCACGGCCAAGUACGUUUUUGAUAUCCACGACGGUGACCGGUUCUUCUGCGGCGGUGAUGUCGGCUGGAUUACCGGGCACACAUACGUCGUCUACGCGCCGUUGCUGCUAGGCGUGUCGACCGUCGUCUUCGAAGGCACCCCGGCGUAUCCCAACUUCUCGCGCUACUGGGACAUCAUCGAGAACCACAAGGUCACGCAGUUCUAUGUUGCUCCUACUGCGCUCCGCCUGCUCAAGCGCGCGGGUGACCAGCACGUGCGCAACCAAAUGAAGCACCUCCGUGUCCUUGGCUCCGUCGGCGAGCCCAUUGCCGCUGAGGUCUGGAAGUGGUACUUUGAGGUUGUCGGCAAGGAGGAGUCUCAGAUUGUGGACACGUACUGGCAAACCGAGACCGGCUCCCACGUCAUCACCCCUCUCGCCGGUGUGACCCCGACAAAGCCAGGGUCUGCGUCUCUCCCCUUCUUCGGCAUUGAGCCCGCGAUCGUCGACCCCGUCUCGGGUGAGGAGAUCCACGGCAACGAUGUCGAGGGUGUGUUGGCUUUCAAGCAACCAUGGCCCAGCAUGGCCCGGACUGUCUGGGGUGCCCACAAGCGCUACAUGGACACGUACCUCAACGUCUACAAGGGCCACUACUUCACCGGCGACGGUGCGGGCCGUGAUCACGAGGGCUUUUACUGGAUUCGGGGCCGUGUCGAUGACGUCGUCAACGUUAGUGGCCACCGUCUCUCAACGGCCGAGAUCGAGGCCGCGCUUAUCGAGCAUGCGGCCAUUGCGGAGGCCGCGGUGGUCGGCGUGGCCGACGAGCUCACGGGCCAGGCCGUCAACGCGUUUGUCGCGAUCAAGGACGGCAACGACCCGUCGGACGCCCUGCGCAAGGAGUUCAUCCUACAGGUCCGCCGCAGCAUUGGGCCUUUCGCGGCGCCCAAGGCGGUGUUUAUUGUGCCUGACCUGCCCAAGACUCGCAGUGGCAAGAUCAUGCGCCGGAUUCUGAGGAAGAUUCUGGCGGGUGAGGAAGAUCAGCUUGGUGAUAUCACGACGCUCUCCGACCCGUCUGUCGUCGAGAAGAUCAUCGCCGCUGUUCACGAGGCCAAGAAGAAGUAA